ACGUUGCCCACGCUCCUCCGUCGUUGCGGAAGUGACGUACAGAGCAUCGCAUGCAGGCCAGGGAACCCAAAGGAGGCAUGGGCGACGGGUAGCCCUUUGGGCCAAUCGACUCCGGCUCCGUCGCUGGGCGGGAGGCUGCCAUGCCUCGCUUUGCCCAGCUCGUGAUGGGCCCCGCGGGGAGCGGAAAGAGCACCUACUGCUCCACGAUGGUCCAGCACUGCGAGGCCCUGAAUCGCUCGGUGCAAGUGGUAAACCUGGACCCCGCAGCGGAGCACUUUGACUAUCAUGUCAUGGCAGAUAUCCGAGAGUUAAUCGAAGUGGACGACGUCAUGGAAGACGAUUCCCUGCGCUUCGGCCCCAAUGGCGGCUUGGUGUUUUGCAUGGAAUAUUUCACGAGUAACUUUGACUGGCUGGAGGAAUGCCUUGGGCAUGUCGAAGACGAUUAUAUCCUUUUUGAUUGCCCAGGUCAGAUUGAACUCUAUACCCAUUUGCCGGUGAUGAAGCAGUUGGUCGAACAACUGCAGCAGUGGGAGUUCCGGGUCUGCGGGGUCUUCCUUGUCGAUUCUCAAUUCAUGGUGGAAUCCUUUAAGUUUAUCUCUGGUGCCAUGGCAGCCCUCAGCGCAAUGAUAUCCUUAGAGAUCCCUCAAGUAAAUGUCAUGACGAAAAUGGACUUGCUGAGCAAGAAAGCCAAAGCUGAAAUUGAAAAGUACCUGGACCCUGACAUGUAUUCAACGCUGGAAGAUUCUACAGGUUUGCUCAAAAGCAAGCAGUUUAAGAAGCUGACUAAAGCUAUCUGUGGGUUGAUCGAUGACUACAGCAUGGUUCGGUUUUUGCCUUUGGACCGCUCCGACGAGGAGAGCAUCACCAUUGUGCUGCAGCACAUCGACUUUGCCAUUCAGUACGGGGAAGAUCUGGAGUUCAAAGAGCCCAAGGAAAACGAGGAGAAUAAACCUUCCGCUUUCGAUGAGUUCUUCCAAGAGCGAGUGGAUGAGUGACAAGAUUGGGAUCAGCUUUGAGGAAAGGCAUCAAGAUUGUAUCUGCAAAUGCAGACGAGGCAAAGAAUCUGCCCCAUAGACUUUUCCCUCCUUGAAGAGUUUACUGUACAUACCGAGAGAUAAAUUAUUGUAUUAUUUCUUCAUUGUUUGAUGGUUUUCUUGGCAAUAAAAAACAAGAGAGUGUCUGGUCUUCCUA